AUGACAUACAGCAUUCCGGAGGCAUUUCAGUUCACCUUGCUGGCCAUGUAUGCCGUCACCUCCAUCGUCGUCCUUCUGGGAAAUGGAAUGGUUUGUUACACAGCUUUUAAAAUCCAUAGCUUUCGAACUGUGACUAAUUUUUUCAUCGUUAGUCUUGCCUUAACAGAUAUCAUCAUGACAGUAUCGUGUGUACCAUUCUCUAUUCUCAGUAAUCUAUUUUUUCAUUAUUGGCCUUUUUGGGACGUUUUAUGUCCCAUUGUCGUUUUCGCGCAAUUGGUCAGUGUCUUGCUAAGAUCGUUUAUGCUGGUCGCUAUGACUUGUGAUAGAUAUCACGUGGCCAGACAUCCUAUGAAGCCACGUCUUCUGACAAAGUGUCGGGCCAAAUUACUGGUGGUGCUCAUCGGUGCCUUAUCCUGUUUGAUAUCACUUCCUACCUUUAUAUACUCAAAAAUAAUAUACAUGCCGUACGAGCCUGGAUCCCGAGGUCUCUGUUUAGAGCUAUGGCCGGACGAAUACAUUAGGAGCAUUUAUGGAGUUUGUAUCAUGUUGAUUCAGUAUUUUGUUCCAUUGAUCAUCAUGGCGGUCACCUAUAUACACAUUGGAAUUAUUGUCUGGAUAAAGCAAACUCCGGGGGAGACAUAUCCUCUAAGAGAGCAACGCAUCGCUGUGUCCAAAAAGAAGACAAUCAGAAUGAUCAUUGUUGUCGUGAUCGCUUACCUGUUGGCAUGGCUACCACUCCACGUGAUCACCAUUGUUGGGGACCUGGACCAAUCUAUAUUUGAUGUAAAUUACAUUCAUAUGACCUGGCUGACGGCUCAUUGGUUGGCAUUUAGCAACUCGGGUGUUAAUCCUGUUAUAUACUUUUGGAUGAAUUCGAAGUUUCGUCAAAGUUCUUUAUUAUGUUUUUAUACAGUAUGCUGUCGUAAAAAACAUUCGUUUCGAAGAUCAUCCCUCUGUAAAUUCAACGGUAAUAGCAGAGACUGUGUCGCGCGACGGGAUACAGAUAUGAGUUUAAUGCCAUACACCUGA